UAAGCUACCGCUAAACUCGUCAUUCGCUAUAACAGCCAGAUGAUCUGAGGCAGUACGACGUGAGCCCGCCGCGCGCCCGACAUUCGCGCCGAUUUCCAAGCACCCGCGACACAUAAAGUUUAAAAAAAAAGUGUAUUUAAAAAAAGAACAAAACUGUGAAAUAAUAAAGUGUUGUGUUUCUGUGGUUCAGACUAUCAGGAACCAUGAGAAGGUGAACAGUAAAGAAACAAAAACAUCGAAGACAUUAAGAAGACUAUUUACCGAAGCAGUGCUUCACAAAUAAAGCCAAAAUGAAGCGUUUACAGAAGUGCUGCUGCUGUGCUUCGACGCGCACCGGUUCGCUCAUCACAGCGAGUCUCGGCAUCAUCCUGUCUAUAGUGACCAUCAUCACGAUAUGGGUGGCGGACAAGCAUUAUGUUUCCUACCGGACGUUCAUCUUUGCGGAGGACUUUGACAAAAAACUGUCAGAGAUGGACCUUCCGAGAAUAUUUCUCACAGUCAACCUUUGCUUUACAAUAUUGAUAUGUGGACUUCUCAUUAUCGCUGUGUUAAAGCGACGGUCGUGGCUGAUGCUGCCGUGGGUAGUGUUGGGCAUCGUGUUGGCUGUUGGUCUGCUGAUUAGCGUGCUGCACACGUCCAUCACCUACUACCUCGAUGGGCAGCAGCACGCCUUGCUGGCUACACUUAUACUCAUCGGUGGACUUAUUUAUUUGUGCAUAUACCUCUACCUCUGGGCAGUUGUAUUCAGCCAAUACUUGGACAUUCGCGACGAAGAAGAGAGGGGCAGAUAUCGAAAGGCUCCUUACAAACGAUAAUCUUUUUACCAGUCAAUAAUAAUAUAAACUAAAAAGUAAAAAGUGCCUUAUUAUAUCAGUGAUUAUAAAAGUACACCGCAGAUUACAUUUAUAAUAUAUUGUAAUUUUUUUUAUUAAUAUCUAAGUAUUGAUUUUUCUAAAGAAUAAUAUUUGGGAAGGUUUGUGUUCAUUCUUGCUAAUUUGUUAUACCAAAUUAUCCUUGUAAGAGAAUAGAAUCUCAGAGGUUUUAAUACAUCUGAUAUUUUUUUUAAAUCACUGUACCUUAUUAACCGAGUUCAAAAAAAGGAGGAGGUUCUCAACUCAUCGGAUUUUUUUCCAUAGUGACUCAUUUAAUCCAGGAUCCGGUAGCAAACAAGGGCUGAAGCCUUCUUUUAAGUAAUAAUUAAUAUCAGUGUCAGAAUAUCUUCUGACACAGAUAUUUACUUAAAAGAAGGUAUAAAUUCUAUUGAUGUAUCUAUCAAUAGAAAUUCUAUCGAUAUAUCUAUCAAUAGAAUUUAUUUAGGGUUGUAUAGAUAUAACGAGGUCACCAAAAAUUAUCCUUACGUAAAAUGAGCUUCUAAAAAAGUUUCCCGGAUCCUGGACUGAAGAUUGUAUAAUGUGAAACUGUCACUUGUUUCUCUUCUUGUUGUUUUGAAUCUCUUUGUUUGUCUACUUACCCUUUAUUAUUAUGUACAGACUUGUUAAAGAUUUGUAAAAUUUAUACGUUUUUUAUGAAUAUUAAAUUGACUAAUUGUUGUUUACAACAAUAAAAAUAAAACAAACAUACCUAAGUUAAUUUAAGUAUCUCAUUUCACACGACUGAUAAACUCUCAUAUUUUAUACAUAAUUUUAAGGUUUAUUUACCUAUCUAUGUAAUAAUGUCCUUCAGAUUGGGCGGCCAAUCUUAUCUUGAGAUUGGCCAGUAACUUUCUGUAAUAUCAGCCACUGACGAUCAAGUAAGCUCAGUUUUAUCGGCUGUUAAGCCGUUAGCGCUGCAGGCAUGUGAGCUUACUUGAUCGUCAGUGGCUGACAUAACGAUGUAUAUCUCGAAAGAGCGAAUUUCGAAUUCGUACCUCUAUCUGUCCCAUUUUAUAGUAUCGUGUUAGACGUAGAGAGAUAGAGGUAAAUUCAAAACACGCACUAGCUUUAGAAACAUCGUUACAGAAUAGCCCUACUGAUCUAUCUCGUCGGUUCAGUGGUUAGCUAGUUCGGCUACGGACCUUGGAGUUCAAGGUUCGAGUUGCGUCGUCAUUAUAUCUCGAUUUUUUAGUUAUGAUUUGUAGUUAUAAGAUAUUAGUAAUAAGUUACCAAAAUAUUUACCAUAAUCAAGAAUAUAAUUAUUAUGGGCUUGUGAUGGCCAGACCUUCGUCUUUUUAACCUACUUCAAAAAAAGAGAAGGUGUUCAAAUCGACGCGUAUGUAUGUUUUUUUUGGUUUGUUACCUCAUAACUUCGUAAUUUAAUAACCAUUUUGAAAAUUAGUUUUUUGUCGACAGAUACUUCCAGAUUGGUCCCGUUAAAUUUUCACGAAAAUCGGUUUAUUAAUUUUUGUAAAUUAAUUAUUAUAUUCAGGCAGUCUCUUGAUAAUUAAAAAUAUGCUUCUAGCUUACAUUAUAAUGAAAUAUUUUAACUUAUUGUACAAUUACAUAGUUUAAGUCUUUUUAAAAAAUAAAUUAUACUUUAAU